AUGACUGUGCUUAUCCGCAAGGUAUUUCUCUUUGGCGCCCUCCUGGCUACAUUAUUACAAGUUGCGAGUAUCACACUCCCAAACUUGCAUCGACGUCAAGCAGUGGCUGCUCCUUCUGUAUCCCUUGCUCCUGGUGCCACUGUAGCAGCAGCAGCGCCAGCUCAACCAUGGAACAACCCUGGACAGUUCCACCUCAACAAGAAAUUUGUUAUCAAGGCUGCCCCGACAACUCGGUCUUACGAUUGGACCAUCUCGCAGAAGACAAUUGCGCCUGAUGGUCUUGAACGACCUAUGCUUCUCGUUAAUGGUAUGUUUCCUGGGCCACUGGUCGAGGCCAACACUGGAGACAGGAUUGUGGUCAAGGUGACCAAUAACUUGAUGAACGGCACUGCCAUCCAUUGGCACGGCAUGUUCCAGAACGGCACAAACUGGAUGGAUGGAAGCGCAGGAGUCACUCAGUGCCCGAUCCCUCCAGGACAGUCAUUCACCUACAACUUCACUGUUCCCAACCAGUGGGGAACCUACUGGUGGCAUGCCCACGCUGCAUCGCAAUACGUCGACGGCAUCGUCGGGCCAUUGGUGAUCCACAGCCCCAACGAGGCACACCUCGGUCAUUACGAUGAGGAUGUCAUCGUCAUGCUCUCAGACUACUACCACACACCCUCACCAACCCUAGUUUCCUGGUACCUCAGCCCAGCAAGCGAUGGAAGUGAACCCGUCCCAGACAACGGCCUCAUCAACGGUCGCAACUACUUCAACUGCACUCUCGACCCACAGGCCCUCUUCCCAACCCAUGCCCCAUGUCACUCCAACGCCCCUCGAUCCGUCUUUGAUUUCCAACCGGGUCUGCGAUACCGCAUUCGAAUCAUUAACACAGGUAGUUUUGCCGAUUUCCAGUUCUCGAUUGACAACCAUACCUUGAGCGUCAUCGAGGCUGACGGAGUCGAUAUGCAGCCCGUAGAUGUGCAUCGCAUCCCGGUUCAUGUUGGACAGCGGUACUCGGCCAUUGUCCAGGCUAACCAACAGGUCGACAACUACUGGAUCCGUGCCCAGAUGAACUUGAACUGUUUCAAUGAAGAGAACCCAGCCUUGGAUGCAUCGGUCAAGGCCCUUGUCCGCUACGCCGGUGCACCAGCGAGCCAGGCCGCACACUCAUUUGAUUGGGCGGACGAGGCGUGGCCUGGACGAUGCUUGGAUCUGGAGGCGAGUAUGUUAAAGCCAUAUGUGGUCCGGGAUGCGCCUCCUGCAGAUAUCCAGGUGAUUCUGGACAUGUCGUUCCAGAAGAUUACCAAGAAGCGGGUCAGUCUGGGGUACGUCAACGAGACUUCCUGGGUGCCUCUCAAGAAGGCGGCGACACUGUUCCAGGUCAACAAGGGCAACACCAAGUUUGCGGCAACGCAGUUUAUCGUCACCUUGAACCAAACCCAGACCGUCGAGCUUGUUGUCAAUAAUUACGAUGAAGGGUCUCACCCAUUCCAUCUGCACGGACACCAAGUGUAUGUCGUUGGCGAGGGCAAAGGACGAUACAUCCCUGGGGAGAGCCCUCUCAAUACGAUCAACCCGCUUCGUCGAGACACUGUCACCUUGCAAACCUUUGGAUACACUGUCCUGCGGUUCGUCAACGACAACCCUGGAAUGUGGCCCUUCCAUUGUCACAUCAACCCCCAUCUUGAUGCCGGACUCAUGGUCCAAUUUCUUUCCUUACCCAGUGCUGUCAAGGCAUUCAAGAUCCCAGCAGAGCUUAAGAAGAUGUGCACCGCCUAA